AUGAAAACCGUUGACAUAAAGGAAAAGAUAUUCAAGAAUUUGGAUCAAUUGAGCCGAGAAUUGGACUAUAAUUUAGAUCAUUUUGUGAUAUUUUCGUCUCUUUCGUCGGGAUUCGGAGCUGAGGGACAACUGAACUAUACUUACGGUAACUCUAUUUGUGAGCGUAUUUGCGAACAGAGACAGAGGGACGGCCUGUCGGGUCUGGCCAUACAGUUUGGUCCCAUCGGUGACGUCGGGGCAAUGACUGAGUUGACACAAAUGUUUGACAUAAUUACAACUCAAAAACAACGGAUCCAUUCGUGUUGUGAAAUAUUGGACAAACUAUUGGCCGUUAAAUACCCGGUCGUAGCCGUAAAUGUGAAAUCAGUGGAGAACUCAUUGUUAAGAUUGGAUUCAGGGGCUAAAGAGGGCUCAAAAUCAUUCAUUAAUAAGUUGUGGGGAUCUCUGGGUAUCGACCCGUCGGCCACUCCGGCGGACAUCACUUUAGGAGAGAUUGGAAUUGAGUCCAUAUUUGCCUCAGAAUUACAGCAAGAAUUGGCAAAACUCUGUAAUCAAACGAUUCAAUUGAAAAUAAUUAAACACAUGUCUGUCGGACUCCUUCGGGAGUUUGAGUCCGGAGGCGAUGACACCAUUAAAAUCUAUUUCAAUGGCAUGAAAAGCGCUCAAAUAUCGCUCUCAAAGUAUAUAUUUGUGAUUCCUGUGGAAACACACGUCAGACUCAAUGGUGUCUCAAACGGAAAGCCAUUGUAUUUAAUGCCGACUUUGGAGAUGGGGUUUGCAUUGUAUGACAAUUUGGUUCAAAAUAUUAACCGACCGGUCGUUGGACUCAAUUGGACUUCAGAUGUGAACCGAUUGUCGACUUUGAAGGAAGUGAUGAAAUACUUCACUGAUUUGAUGGCAAGACUCGAACCAAAUGGUGGUUACGAUGUGUUGGGAUCGACGGACGGAGCGAUCAUUUGUGGCCAACUCUUACGGAAAGGUUUGGCAGAGAAGGCGGUUAUGAUUGAUGUGCUG